CGCAGUCUUCCAGUCCCACACUUAGGAGAUGCCACUGCGGCGCUCACACCUUAAAUCGCAUCACGGGUGUCUCGACUGUAAGAAGCGCAGAAUAAAAUGUGACGAAUUGCGUCCUGUCUGCAGCCCCUGUCGCAAGAGAAACAUCUAUUGUUCUUUCUACAGCGAUGGCACUCCUCAAAAUCUCUCACAGCCUCCUUCGACAGGCGCUGUCCCCUCGAUAGACAGCAGCGCACAACUUCCUAUGCUCGACUUCGAACUUCUCAAUCACUGGCAUGUAGCAAUAUGGAAAACCCUGGUCUCCCAGGAAUCAACCCGGGAAGUGCUGCGGACAUUUGUGCCACAAGAGGCCUUGCGCCACCCCUUCUUGAUGCACAUCCUCUUGGCAUUGUCGGCCCUGCACCUUGCCCGCUACGGCCCCAUCGAACGGCGCCAGGUGUAUAUCGAGGCGGCGAUGACCCACAACAACACCGCCCUCUCGUUAUAUUCUCCCCUCCUCAGCCAGGUGACUCCCGAUAACUGCCACGCUCUUUUUGCAUUCGCCUGCUUUGUCAUCAUGUUCGCCUGCGCCGCUCACGGGCCCAACGCCCAGCCCAGAGCCCAGUCCGUGUCGGACGUCAUCGAAGUCCUCAAGCUGAUCCGCGGAGCGGCUUUUAUGGUGAAGCAGGCUCGACCAUGGAUUGCAAGCGGAGGCAUGCGCGGUCUGUUGACCGUGGAGAGAAUGCAGGAGAAAACAUCCAUCGAACAUCAUGCGACGGCUCUCCACCGUCUUCUGCAUGAAAUGCAUGAAGAACAGCAGGGGCGGCAGCGACAGCAGCAUGACUUCGACUCGAACCAUCAGCCACCAACAACCCCUGCCGUUGCGCAUGCCACCGAAAGUCUCUUGGAUGUACUCCAGAUGUGCGCCGACAAUGAGAAUGCAUCCGUUCUACUGCGUUGGGCUGCCGUGGUGCAGUCGGAGUUUCUGGAUGCGCUGAUGCAGGAUGAGCCCAUGGCGCUUGUCUUGCUCGGCUAUUAUGGUGCCGCCAUUGGCCGCAUCCUCGAUACUUGGUGGAUGGAUGGUUGGGGUCGGUAUCUGGUCAAUCUCGCUUCGAAUCGUCUGGCCACAGGCGGCUGCUCCCUGUUUAUAUGGGCCCGGAAUGCAAUUCAUCGCAUUGAGGGGAUUGAGCAUUACUUCGGUCCAGAAUGUCGAUAUUUGACAAGUAUCGUCGCCUCUUUAUUGGCUGUCGUGUGUUUAUAUGAUCUCAUCUACUGCCUUGAUGGGGGUACCGAAAUCGAUGGGCCUGCUUCGGCUCAUUUUGAUCCGAACACAUCUGAGGUGGCCAGGAACGGGAGCUUAGGGUUCGAGCGUAUCAUCGUAAUUGGUACACCUGGCAGUCCUGACAAACAGAAAGCGAUCGCCCUGGGUUCGCAGAUCGGAGAGUUUCAUGUCGAGUUCAUGGAGAAACCAGCGCGAGAACGUGGCAAUCGCGAGAAACCCUCGAAGGGAAUCGAAGCAGAAACCGGGGCUUUCCACAUACACCUCAACGCUAUGCAAAGUGUGGUGGCCGAAAGUCUUGCAAGCGCGCUGAUCAUGGAGGAAACCGUCGACUGGGAUGUCAACCUCAAGAUGCAACUAAAGGGGCUCGCAUCGGGUAUGAGAUUGAUGCAGGGAAGCAACGCAUCCGCAGCAACGCCGUAUGGGGAUUGCUGGGACCUCCUCUGGCUGGGACAUUGUGGAAUGAAGUGUGCGGCCGGCUCCAGUUUCCUUUUGACACCGCAUGAUGUAACAGCAGUUCCGAGUCGACAUCUGAGGUCAUACCACAGAGAGCCCCCUGCAGGCGUCAAGAAUCAAAUGCGCUUGGCUUGUCGGAUCGACGAGGCUGCGGGUAGUGUGGCGUAUGCCGUCACAAAUGAAGGGGCACAAAAGCUCCUCGCCGCUCUCCUAGAGGUCCCUUCCAAGCAAGAGGAACGGUUCGACGUGGUGGCUAGUCGGCUGUGUCGGACCGGAGAUUUGAGAUGCUUCUCUACUUACCCCUCUAUCGUGGGUAGAAGAAGCAGCGACGGUGAAAAAAUACAGGGAGACUUGAACGGUGCUGACUUGGAGGGAGACUGCUCAUCUGGAGUGAUGUUUAGUACCCUCAACAGCUUGGACAGCUUAUUGAACGGCACAUCAAAGGUGAAGUCGGCUUAUCAAGAUGCAGUGAUCAAAGAAAUUGAUCCGGCGCAGUUCGAGGUGCCGCCUGCGAUGUUUAAAUGGCGUGAUGACCGAGGAGAACAUGAAAGGACUCUAUGAGCUUGAGUGAGGGGGUGGGGCACUCGGC